GGAGACUUCCCCCCUCCGGCACAAUUCGUGCUUGUCCGCAGAGUAAGGCAUGCUCUAAGCCGUGUCUUGUCCCCCAUCCCACCCACCAUGGUUCCGACAACAGAAUCCUCUCCCCUCCUCCCCCAGCAUCGCCCGGCUGCCUCCAAUACGUCACCGCGAGGAGCCCGUCCCCCGCGAACAGUGACUUUCAACCCAUUGGCGACAGUCAGUACAUACCAUGAUACCACCUCCGCAGACCCUACCUUCAGACCGCUACAUUCCGCCUCCUCGUCCGCUCCGCAUUCUCAGGAAACUCAAUACCGUCCGACUGGGCUCUCCGCCCUGAAUAGCAAGCUCCGGAGACGCAACAGCCAUGGAGCUCCCUUCAGCACCGCCAACCCUUCGAUUGCUGCAGCUCCCAAGGUCGGACCUCAGAGAACAACGAAGAAGGCACAGAAGCUCAAGCUCCUUCCCGAUCCCAUCGCUGCUGAGGAGGAGUCCAACGAGGAUGAUUUCCCGUCCGAUGUCUACUCGCAGAUUGCCCGAAUCAAAGAACCCACGGCCAGGAGUCAUGCGGCGCGCUUAGGAAAGGCAGACAGGGAUCGAUUGCCGCGAGUGACAGCUUACUGCACGGCCAAUUCGUAUCGACUAGAAGGCAUCAUCCGGUUUCUCAAAUCCCGCUCGAAAACCCGCGGAGCCAAUCCAAAGCUCUACGACGAGUGCGUCUAUUCUCCAUACGACUACGAUUAUGAGGAAAAGCAGAAGAGCACAUGGGUCGCUACCAACAAUGGUCUCAAUCUUUCGGAUAGCCGUCUUCCUCAACGUCCGUCCGGUGAACGCAGGUUCUCAGACAGUGUGGUUGAAGUUCAGGAUAACAGUGUUCGACGGGAGGACCUCAUUGACCUGCAAGACUCUGUAUCUCAUCCAACCGACAUUGAGGAAGUUGCUAGGAGCGCCGUGUCGGAGCAUCAGGGGGAAGCGCAUCCCGAUUUCGACACGACAAUCCAUACCCCCGAAGUAUUUCUCUUUGACUACGGGACAGUUGUUAUAUGGGGCAUGUCUCCUGCUCACGAGUCACGAUUUUUGUCGGAUAUCUCCAAAUUCGCGACCUCCAUUCUGAGUUCCGAAGACACGCAGGUAGAGAACUUCAAUUUCUACUAUGCUCGCGAGUACCAGGCUCGGAUAUACAAUGAUUUCAUUUCGCUGCGUGACCCUCGAAACCACAUGAUCAAGCUCACGAUUUCCCAUGCACUGGCCCAGUCUGUCAAGACCUCAUUAUUCGAAGAUCUCGUCUCCGAGACCAUCUCCAACACCGCGCCUCUGCCCGCCCAGAUCGCCCAAACCGGCAGCGUCAAUCUCACGAGACGCCAGAUUAACAUGCAAGUCGGCGAACUAUUCAUCCUUAGAAUCAACAUCCAUCUUCAGGGCUCCGUCCUAGACAGUCCAGAGCUGAUGUGGGCCGAGCCCCAGCUCGAACCGGUCUAUCAGGCUGUCCGCAGCUACCUCGAGAUGGACCAGCGCGUGAGUCUCCUGACGGAACGACUGGACGUGAUAGCAGAUCUUCUUGCGGUCUUGAAAGACCAACUAACUCACCGCCACGGUGAGUACCUGGAAUGGAUCGUCAUUGUCCUUAUCGCCGCCGAGAUUCUCGUUGCCGCCAUCAACAUCCUGGUCGACCUCUACGCUGGCGUGGAAUAAACGUUUUAUUUUCUUCUUUUUAGCCUUCAAAGAUCUACCUACCCCUGCAGUCUGAUGGUCAAUUCCUCCCCCCCUCCCCCCAAGGCCGGCCUUGAACUUGUCUUGUCCAUCCAUAUAUGGAGUGUCUGUGUUGCUUUUGCAUUUGCUUUUUUUUUUUCUUAUUUUCUCUCGAUUCCGGGACUGGAGUUAAGGGGUAGCAGAGUGGGAAACCCUUGCAUCGCCAUGGACAAGGCUCGCGUGAUAGCUGUAUACAUACUUUGCCAUUGUCAUAUCCUAGGCGCAGUUUCGGUGGUUGCUCAAACACAC